AUGGGCAACCAGCGAAGUCCGGCGGCAACGGAAUCAAAUGAUAACAACAGACGAGCUGGUCUCGACGAGAUUUCAGCAGCGAGCGGCGAGCAGUUGACAUCAUCGACUCCAGCAACGGCAAUGACCAACGUCCUGUCCUUUGACAAGGGUGCCUGGGACGACCGCGAGCUUAUCAACGCAUACGAUGCGUCGCUGCUAGAGUUCCACGCGACUGCGGCCCUGGCAAAGGGCCAGCCAUUGCCAGGUGCAACGGCGUAUGGAUCCUCAUGGUAUACGGCUUCGAAACCGCCAGAGAAGGAAACCCGCAUCAAGAAGCGGAAGAAGAACCCGUAUGCGAAUGGAAGCGAAGCGUCACCCGCGCCAAACCCUUACUCCACAUCUGCUUCUGCGUCGACGUCAACGCCGCAAGUUGAGCGCGCCUCGUCGCCGACGUACCACCCCGCGUCGCCCGAGCCUGUUGACAAAGCGAUCGAGGCGGACGAUGAGGAACCCGUAGUCGCCGCAGAUGACGACGAGGAAGGCGAGGACGAGGGCGGCUACGACGAGCAGGAAUGGCCCGGAUACGAGGGCGCAGAGCAGGAGUGGGAAGCGCCCGAGUCUGCCGUUACUGCACCGCAGACCGAGGCGCCGUCCGCUGACGCUGGACUCGCCUACCCUCCUCCGAGAGGACACUGGGACGCUUCGCCCGUGUCGCGCGAAACGGCACUGGGCUACGCGCUGAAUGCGCAGUACUGGGCAGGAUACUGGAUGGGCGUGGCGCGGUACGCUCCCGCCGAAGGUGCUGAGGGCGAGCCGGCAGCGAAGAAGCAGAAGCCCCUGCGUCGAUGA